GAAAACCAUUUGGUUUCCAUCUGAUUAUUUUACAGUCCAGUAAUUGUUACUAAAUUACUAUGUUACAGUAAUUUUACAAGAAUAAAGAGUCACAUAUCCAACCCUCACUAGGGUCACGGGGGUAUGCUAGAGACUAUCCUAGCUGAUUUGGGGGGAGAAGGGGGGUAUACCCUGGACUGGUCGCAAGCCAGUUUUAGGGCAGGCAAUCAUUCACACUCACAUUCAUACCUAUGGACAAUUUAGAGUUGCCAGUUAACUUCACAUGCAUGUUUUUGGAAUGUGGGAGGAAACCCCAGUACCCGGAGAAAACCUACACACGCACAGGGAGAACAUGCAAACUCCGCACAGAGAUGCCCAAGUGGUAACGUGCGCCCUUUUAAUAGCAUUGAGUUGAAAUAAAAAUAAGUUAUUUAGUCGUAAAAUGAGAAAAAAACAAAAUAAACUUGAAAUUUUUAGAAAAUUAGAUUGGGGAAAAGGUACAAAUGUGGGAAUAAAGUCAUAAUAUUAUGGGAAUAAAGUUAUAAUAUUAAAUAUAUUAUAAAUAUAUAUAAUAUUAAUAUUAAAAUAUUUGAAAACAACAAAAAUGGGGGGGGGGAAAGAGCGAAGUUGAUUGUAAUAAUAGGCUUUUCACCAUCACAAAGCUGAGAUACAUUUAAAAAAACAUAUAUUCUUAGCACGUGUUGCUUUACAAAAUAUCGAAGUGGCAAAGUUGCAUCCUUUCAUUUUUCACUAUGUGGCCCUCGCUAAGAAAACAUUUGGACACUCCAAAUCAAUAUGAAGCAAACACGGUUGUUUGGUCCGCACCAUAUCAGGAAAGAGGCAAAAUGUCCAUCAUUGUUCCAAAGUCAAAGCUGAUGUGUGUGAAUAUCGUGUUUUGCCUAAAACACAAGAUAAUAGGUCUGCUUUCAUGGAUGACUAGGGAAAUAAAAAAUAUUCACGUGGUAGGCUGAAAUCAGAGGAUAUUUAAGUUUUUUAAUUAAAAAAACUAUACCAAAAUAGUUAACGAUUAAUUGGAUAAUCGAUGAAUCACAUUCACAGCAGAAGUUAUCAAGGCACUUCACUCAUGGAGCAGGUCUAGAACCAAACUCCUCAUAUUUUUAUUUUUUUUUUAAAGAAAUGCCUGCUUGGGGGAGACACAUCCAAGCACAGACUGACAGUCUGUCAGGAAGGCGAGCACAGGUCAGGAAUGUCAUGCAGGAAGUGGUCUAGAUUUAGACUUCCUGUACGUUCCAUAGCUCUUCUGGGCGGGGGCGCUGCAGGGCCUUGUGGCGCUUAAGGUGGUGACAACAGCACGAAUAGGGCAACACUAGUUUUUGCUCCUUCCUAAACACGUACUGCUUUCAUGUUUUCCCAAUUCAAGUUCUUGUGCAAGAUUGUUUUUGCAGGUCAUUUGUUUCAAUGUCCUUUGCCAAAUGAUUUUUAUUCAAACUCCUUUAACGCUGAAGUGCUGUCUGGUGACAAGAUUUGCAAUUCUGUUUUUAAACAACCAUAAGUCUUGAACGGUUUCUGAAAGUCCCCCAAGUGGAAGAGUUGAAGUACCUCGGGGUCUUGUUCACGAGUGAGGAAGUGCCAGACAGGCAACAGGGGAUUGCUGCGGCGUCUGCAGUAAUGCAAACUCUGCAUCAGUCCGUUGUGGUAAAGAGCGACCUGAGCUGGAAGGCAAAGCUCUCAAUUUACCGGUCUACGUUCCUACCCUCACCUAUGGUCAUGAGCUUUGGGUAGUGACCGAAUGAACAAGAUGAUGGGUACAAGCGGCCAAAAUGACUUUUCUUUGUAAGGUGGCUGGGCUCUCCCGUAGAGAUAAGGUGAGAGGCUCUGUCAUCCAGGAGAAACUCUGCUGCUCCUCCUCAUUGAGAGGCGUCAGAUGAAGUGGCCCCUGGCCUCUGGUCAGGAUGCGUCCAGGACGCCUCCCUGGGGAGGUGUUCAGGGCACGUCUGAGAGGUCUUCCUCGGGGAAGACCCAUGACAGGUUGGAGAGACUAUGUCUCUCAACUUGCCUGGGAAUGCGGGAAUGCCUCGAGAUCUGCUUGGAGGAGCUGGAUGGAGCUGGGAGAGGGAAGUCUGGGCUUCCCUGCAUAGGCUGCUUCCCCCGUGACCCGACCUUGGAUAAGUGGAAGAAGAUGGUUAGAUGGUUUCACAGUGAAGUAACGAGCGGGAUUCCCAGAAGAACAUUGGCAGAAUGAAACGGUAUUGAUUAUUAUAUUAUAUUUUUGAUUUCUUUGUUAAACAGUUGGCUGUGAAAAUUGGUUGUUCUUUAACACUGUAAAAUAUUACAUCUUAAGUCUGUUAAGAUGGACAUCCCUCAGUUAUUUUGCUGUUGCUUGUGUUCCAUGGUGUUCGUGAGCUUUUGUUUUCAGAGCUGUGUUGGGAGCUUUUGGACGUUGCUCUGUGGUUGGGCUACUGUACUUUAUAAAUCCAAUCCAUCAUUGUUGUUUUUAAGUUUCGGCCUGCGGCACAUUGUAAGAAUAUAAUUGAUAGAAAAGUAAAAAAGAAAGGAAAAAUCUGCAGUAAUUUUACAAGAAUAAAGUCAAAAUAUUAAGAUAAAGUUGUAAUUGAAUGAGAAAGAAGGUCACAAUUUAAUGAGAUUAAACUGGUAAUGAUAUAUGAUAUAUAUAUAUAUAUAUAUAUAUAUAUAUAUAUAGUGUAUGUCAGUUCUUACAUAUCCAAAUGUGUUGCUUUACAAAAUAUCGAAGCGGCAAAGUUGCAUCUUUCAUUUUUCACUAUGUGGCCCUUGCUGGAAAAACGUUUGGACACCCCUGAGUGAGAGUGAUAUCAAAGUUUUGUUGUAGCAAAGCUCCCCAUAGAGUCCUGCUCUCCACCAUAUGACAUUCUUCUCUUCCCUCCUCUUAGUGCCCUCCCUUUCCUGCCAGCCUCUCAGUAGAGGAUGUGCGGUGUAGUGUGAGAGAAAAGCUGUCAGUAGAAUGGAUAUGCGCUUGCGUUCUUCUCGUCCUGCUCUCUUGUCUUCACUCCUCUGUUUGCGUCGCAUCCCGGGCCACCUCUGUGCCGGCCCUGGGGGAAAAGAAGACUCGGACAGGCGGCCGGAAUGUCAUCAGAGGAUCACAGGAGUGGUGAUGGCAAAGCAGAAGCACAAGAUGAGCCAAAGCUAGAAUGUACAAUGACACAAUGGUAGCAACGGAGGUGUGGCCAGAGGCAGAGCGGGCCGAGUCUCUGGCUCGCGGUGCAGCCUUGAAGUGGGCUUCAGGGGUUUUCUGUCGACCUGAACAUCUGGAGCAACUGGGCCAGUAUCGGAAGAGAGAGAGUCAGAGGACCACCUCCAUACAUUCCAGACUGAAGUCCAUGGUCCAGUCCUAUUUGGAAGAGGUGAGCUGGUGCAUGGAACAGCUCCGAGAAGCCCAGGAUGAGUUGAGGGAAGUAUCCCAGGCUUUAAAGAAGGCCAGACUGGAGUAUAGCCAAAAUGAAGAUGGGGUGAAAAAUCUGGAGAGGCUGAGAGAAGUGUCAGUCGACCAUGGUCAGCUCCUUGCUGCCGUGAGCAACCUGCCAAGACUUUACUCAGUGCGCAGCAUGGUUGUGGAAACUGAGGGUCUGGUGGAGUCCCAGCGGCUGCUAGAGGCCCACGCCCAUCUGAUGGACCUGGAGCGCUGGCAGGACGACAUCCUCUGGCAGCUCAACGGAGCGGCCGGGAUGGCAGGAAGUGAGCUCAGUUCUGAUGACCAGGAGCUGGUGACCAAGUACUUCUCUGAUGUCACCAAGCUGGGCGAGACAUUAGGUAAGGAGCUGUGGGCGGUGGUGAGCAGUGCCCUGGGUUUGGCUCGCCAAAACCCUACACCGUUUGUGUCAGCGGUGAGGAUUGUAGAGCGCGAAGAGGCCAUGGACACAGCUCUGCUGGAGCGGGUUUUGUCCAGGCCCUUGCCCCCAGGACGACCUCGCUGCUGGAGAGCACGCUUCUUCCAGGUGCUCGAAGAGGCAGUGUCCGCACGCUUUCGUAGCGUCUCUUACUUUCACACACGGGGUCCGGGUUUGGCAGGACACCUGUCUGCGCUGCAGCACGCUAUCAUGACAGAUCUGGCCACGGUACGCCACCUGCUGGAGCACUGUGUCCCUCCACAUUACCGCCUAACCAGAGCUUACCUGAGGGCCAGCCACCAGUGUUUACAUGCUCACCUGACACAGGUCAGCAGUUGGGACCUGGAGAGUGGUGAGAUCUUUGCUGUGCUCAACUGGGUGCUACACGUCUACAACAGCCCUGAAAUGAUGGGUCAUCCAGAUCUGCUGCACGAGUUGAAGGGUGGAGAGAUGGGACCUCUGAUCUCUGCUGAGGGACUGGAGCAACUUCAGAACAAAUAUGUGCAGAGUGUCCGGAAAAGUGUGUCCGAAUGGAUGCAGAAGGCUCUACAGGUGGAACUGCAAGACUGGCAAAGAGACCAGGAGCCCGAUACGGACCAUGAGGGUUUCUACCAAACCAGCCUCCCAACCAUAAUCAUUCAGAUGCUGGAGGAAAACGCCCGUGUGGCCCUAAUCAUUGGAGAAUCCCUCAGAGACCAAACCAUACAAAUGGGUCUGUACGAGAUGGAGAACCUCCUCAACAGGUUUCGAGAAGCGCUGGUGGAAUUUGGAAAGAAGCAUUGCAGUGAUCCAAGCAAUAGUAAAAACAAUUUUUACCUCCACUACCUGCUGGCCUCUAUCAGCAACUGCAUCAUCCUCAAAAAGUCUACAGAGAGCCUGCAGCAGCAGCAGUCUUCCCAAGAAAUGGGUCAGUUCUCUCGGACUCCUUCCAACCCACUGGCGGCUCUGGACCGGGCGGUCAGGCGAGCUUGUCGAAUGGUGAUGGAUCAGCUCCUGCAGGACCUGAAGCCUUUCCUCACAGGCAUCGUGACGCGACACUGGUUGGUCCAGGGAGAUCCCACUCCCAAACUCUGCCGCAUCCUGGAGCAUCAUCUGGAGCUUUACAGCCGUGUCCAAGCGCCCUGCAGACAGCGUCUUGAGGAGGAGGCCCAGUGGUUGAUGGUGGUGGAAUAUGUCAAAGCACUGAUGCAGAAGAGGCUGCUGUGUCGCAGUGCCGAGGAGAGGAGGAAGUUCGCUCAGCAGAUAGUGAAGGACGACCAGCAGUUCAGACACAUUUUCCAUGGCCUGGAAAGUGACGGCUUCGUACCUGAAGUGAACCCUUUGGCUCUUCUCCCAGUCUUGGCUGACUUCAUCCGCCUCAAAGACCCCAGCAUGCUCCCUCUAGUGGUGUCUGGAAUUGCAGCACAAUACCCCGACAUCAGUGAAGAGCAUGUGUCUGUGCUGCUGGACAUACGUGGCGACAUCUCCAGGGACAUCAGAGGCUCAGUACUAGACCUGCUGGAGCAGAGUGCCCCCCCUCUUCCAGCUGGAUACCGCCCUAUCUUCACGGACAUACUGGUGCCUCCUUCAGCCAUGGCCUUCUGCUUGCCCACUGCCAAGUGUGCAUGAAAUUCAGUCCUCUGAAAUUGCACGUUGGUGUGUUGAAAAGAUGACACAUGAACGUCAGCAUUUUCACCUCAUUCCUCUUUUCUAUGAAACAAAAUAUUGACUUUGAUAUUGUCUCAGGGGUUUGUGCAUGACGUACAGUGGGUACCCGGGAAACAUUUGCAGCCUGCUCAUUUUUUAAUAGCCCGGCAGCAUAUUCUAUAAAUGCAUAAAAAUAAAAAUACAUACAAAAUGGGGAGCAAAAAAUGCAAGGAGAAAAUUUGAAAUAUUGAUUGUAAUUCCACAAAGCUGACAUGCAGGUGGUAUUUUUCUUUAAAUAUAUCUAAUUUAUUGGAUUGUUUUUUUGUUUUGUUUUGUUUUUUUUGUUUUUUUUACAGAAAUUAAAAUUACCAAAGUGGAUGCUACAGAAUGAAAAACAUUUGAGAUUAGUGUUUCAGUGAAGGCCAUCUUGGUCACACAUUGUCCCAGCACAGUGUCCGUGUUCACAGACAUGUGCCAGUGUAAAAAAAUUAGGGCUGUCAAAGUUAAUGCGUUAAUGCCAUUUUCCUUUAACGGCACAAUUUUUUUCUGACGCGCCAUUAAUGUGCGCACAUCCUGUUUGAGCCUCUGCCCACACCGUAGUUUGAGGAAAUACAGCAGUGGAUGUAUAUUGACAAAUAUUGAGGAAAAGAGUAUUUUGAAUGGUAAGUUUAGCUUCAAAGCCCUGGCAGAUGGCUCUCGCAACAAGACCAAAAGUAUUAGUAUUUACUUUAAGUUGAGUCGUCACGUAGUACGUACGUCGACUGCUAGAGAGGAGUGAGAAGGUGGAACACAGCCGGUGUUUUUAUUGUCAUUUAUACAGUGGUACCUUGGCAUACGAGUGUCCCACCUAACGGAUGUUAUUUUAGAUGCGAGCAGUCUCUUGGCUGAUUUUUUGCUUUGAACUGUGAGCUAAAAUUUCGGUUACGAGCUGUUAUUUACCGGCAGGCAUAUCCGAGGACAGCUAUUUGGGGGCUUGCGUCAAUGGGCCCAUGACUGAAGACGACAAUGGCUGUAAAUAGCAUUAGCAGGGCACUAGCUAGUCACCGGGAAAGAUUUUCGACACAUCAGCAAAACAUACGUACAUUAUAGUGAUCUAAUUUAUUUUAUUUAUUAUGUAUUGUGUGAAACUAUGACAGGAACAACAUCACAUUAAAAGCACAAAAUAAUAAAAAUACAGACCCACCAUCCACCAGUACGAGCCUGGAGUCUAUUUUUCAGAGAGGUGUGCCGCACAAAUAUGCACAUUAGCGCUCCAUAAGGUCAUGAAAUCUUACCUUUAUGCAUUUGGGACCAAGUAUGAAGUGAAAGAAAAAGGUGGAAAGUACAGUACAGUACAGUAUAGUAGUCUGUCAGUGAAGCGUGGGAGAAAGUUAGAAGGUGCUUUGAAGGACCGUUGAACAAAGUGGGACAAUCAUUAAACUUGCAAAAACUGGGAUUUCUAAUUGUAUAUUAUUUACAGACAAAAGUUGAUGUAGUUAUUUACAAAUAAUUUAAAUUUUAAGUGUUUUUUUGUUUCUUUUCUUAUCAUUGCAUCUGAACAUUUCCUGCAGCCAGGUGGUUGGGGACUCUUGCCUUACAGCAUGCUUGGGGAUAUGGUGUGCUCUUUUACACAUUUGAAAAUACUCUACUGUACUGUUAAGAAUGACACUUUUAUAGAAUUGACUUCUUUAUUUUAUAAUGCAAGGUUAAUGUCCACAUCAAUAAAUGUAACCGUUGAAUUAACCUAAAACGCAUAUUUUUGGAACGUGGGAGGAGGCCAUUUACCAGGGAAAACAUACAAACUCCACACAGAGAUGCCCAAACUGAGAUUUGAACCUAGAUCUUCCUGUGUGAUCAACAUGCUA